AUGGAUGGGAAGAAAUGCAGCAUGUGGAUGUUCUUACCUCUUGUGUUUACCCUGUUUACAUCAGCUGGAUUAUGGAUAGUGUACUUCAUAGCAGUGGAAGAUAACAAAAUUCGUCCACUAAAUGUACCAGAUCGGAAACCUGGUUCCAAGAGACCACCUUAUAUAAGUAUUGCAGGUGACACACCUCCUGCAAGCUGUGUGUUUAGCCAAGUCAUGAACAUGGCGGCCUUUCUAGCGCUUGUCGUGGCUGUCCUGCGCUUCAUUCAGCUGAAGCCAAAGGUGCUGAACCCUUGGCUGAACAUCAGCGGCCUGGUGGCAUUAUGCUUGGCCUCUUUUGGGAUGACCCUACUUGGCAACUUUCAGCUUUCCAACGAUGAGGAGAUCCACAACGUAGGCACAUCGCUGACCUUUGGCUUUGGGAUCUUGGCUUGCUGGAUCCAGUCUGCCCUCACCCUCAGGAUCAACCUGAAGAAUGAGGGACGGAAAGUUGGAAUUCCACGAGUUGCCCUGUCGGCCAGCAUCACUCUCUGCGUGGUGCUCUAUUUCAUCCUCAUGGCACAGGGAAUCCACACGCAUGCUUCCAGGAUCCAGUGGGGCCUGGUGAUGUGCUUCCUCUGCUACUUCAGCACCUUUGCAGUGGAGUUCAGGCACUACAGAUUUGAGAUCAUUUGCUCUGAGUACCAGGAAAACUUUCUGAGCUUUUCUGAAAGUUUAUCAGAAGCCUCCGAGUACCAGACAGAUCAGGUGUAG